GCUCGGUCAGCAGAGUCCUCCUCCACACGAUCCCUAAAAAAACACGAAACCCUAGCGCCGAAUCGCGAUCCCCUUUCCCUUCGCCGUCACCACGAUCCCACCUCGUGUGACCGCCGAUCUGGUGCCGAUGCCGCAGAAGAAGCGCCCCCGCCGUAGGAGGUCUCCUCCCGAAGGAUCCUCCCGCAGGCGCCGUGGUGUAGAUGGCGCAUCCUUGUCUGGAUCCCUUGUCGAAUCGGAUGGGAGCAGCAGCAGCAGCACGAGUUCCGGCGCGCGGGCGCCGGAAUCCCUCGCCCAGCCGUCGUACACCCGGCCGGCUCGCAAGUACGAGUCCAGGUACCAUGAGAUGCUCGCCUCGCGAAUCGCCGUGCUGCCUCUACCAGCCUACGCCGACGACGAAGGCCCAGAUCUCCCUUCUGCUGAAACUUUCGAAGCCCUCGUUCGUCCUUAUUUCUAUGAUGACCAGCUGCGGGCUGCUCUGGUAGAGUACCAAGUCCACAAGUUCUUGAGCCGACCAGAGGAUGUCCAUGGACGAGAUGGAGAUUCAGGACAAGUUGAUUCGUCCUCCUCACUGAUGGAUGAUAUCCCCGAGGAGGAAUUCCAGGCAGACGAUGCACGGCUCAGGUCUCACAUAGUACAUGAAGUUGACACCGAGGAUAUAUUGGAUGAAGACGAGGCCAACAGGCUCAGUCACAAGUACGCACGAUAUCGCCUCAAAGCUUGCAUGUUGCUCAAAGGAGUGCCUAUCGACGAUGCUGCAUUCGACUCCCAGUACCCUCCAGACCUUCCCUUGGACAACCACCGUCUUUACCUGGAAGAUGAAGCCUUGGGCUGGUGGUUUGACUUGGGCACCUCUUCACCCGCGACCUUGAGCGACUAUCAGCGGCUAGUCCCUUGUAAUGAAGUAAGUAUGUUUGUACUCCUCUGUAAACAAAUAUAAGACUUUCAGCUCAGUAAUGCAUCUACAUUUCUUCUUCUCUUUACCUUUGAAUGGGUGGCAGCAAUUACUUGCUUAAUCUGUCCUUUGGUAGUAUAUAUGAACACUUGAGGCAAUAUCAAUGCAUUUCCUUAUUUCUUUUUAGCAUGGCUUUAUGCGAGCUAGCAACCCCCGAGAUUCUCUCUAUCUUGUUUUUCCGGGGCGCCAAUAGUCAAAGUGUCUGGUUGUUGUUUCACCCUCAAAUCAUCAGGACCACUAAUUUUCUGAAACUGCCUACCACUGGAUGCAUCUUGGCUAGUCUGAUCACUGUUUAGGAUAUCACUUGCUGUUAGGGGCCUGAGGUUCUUGGCGAAAUGCAAAAAUAAAGCUAUGGAUGUCCCUUCCUUCCGAGAUUAAGCACAGUUUAAAAUAUGUGUGAUUCUGAUAAAUCGUGUAAGAUCUCAGAAUGUGUGCACCGUACAAGAAGAAUACCUUCUUCCCCGAGAGUUGUUGGUGCAUGGCUUUUCAUCAAUUAAAAACAUAUAGAGUUUCAUAUACUGAUGCAUUUUUUGCAAGGAGCAAGCUUGUUCUUUUUCUUUAAAAAGAAACCAAGAGGUCCAUGCUCCCAAAAUAUGCGUGUCAUCCCUUCUUUUGUAUUUGUAAUCAGGUUUUUUGCCUGAUUUCUCGAGUGCCCAUAUUUUUUGACAUGUUCCAGUACCAUGUGUGUUUCUUCUUUUUUUUGGAAUUUCUUCGAGAGCGCAAGUACUCAAAAUUCUUGAAGUGUGCAACUACUUGAAUCAGUAAUAGCCGCACACACAAUCCUAAGAGCAUCAUUCCACGCCCUUAUGUCCGCUGCAUGUUAUUCUCACGGCAGCAGUAAUAUGUUGCUUCCCUUCUUUUCUUGGUGCAGGGGGGCGUUGAGUAUGAAAGUUGGAAUAAAUACCGAGAGUUUUAUAGCACCCCUGAAACUGAUAGAGAUUAUCUGCUGUACUGGGAAACGAUUGUGAAAGGAUCUUAAGUGGAUUGAAGAACAUGCGCUUAAAGGCUAUAUGGAGUGGCAUGAAUUGCGUGCAAAAGCUUGGCGCCAAGCAGUUAGGAUUGCUACUAGGUUCGAAAACAUUCCUCUGAGGCUAGCAUAUUAUGGUUUCCGGGAGUAUACUACGAGCAGAUAUCUCGCGUUCGUGAAAGAUCUUGACUCUGUGUUUUUUGAGAUUUGGAAGCUGGUCAAUGGGCCUAAUAAGAUGUCUUUCAGAGAUGCUAUGAAGCAUGUGUAUGAGGAGAACCCAUUUCCAUUACGCAAACGUGAUUUGGAGCAUGAGCUGAGUCACCCUGUCUCGUUGGGAUUGGAGGAAGAUUUUCGACGGUGCACGGAGGGCAUCAGCAAGGAAGUUCCAGAGUGGAUAGCGCGUGUGUUAAUUUCGCAGGAAUUUAGUUUCAAGUGUGAUCUGCCAAGGAGGUAUGUGCAUUAUGCCAGGAAGAAGCUCAAGAUUGCAGAAAUCAUUGGAUUGAUUCCCAAAUCCAAGAUAACAGCAUAGUCCCUUUUUAUUUUUGAGACACCAGCGUAGUUGUGUGUGUUGCUGGCGGCCGUAGUGGUCUUUGCAAUCAGUUUCAGAGACUAAACUGUGAUACUCCAUGUAUGGUUAAACGCCUAUGUAUCUGAAUGUAUGUACAUGUGAUUUAAGUAUGUAUCCUUGUGGCAAAUUGAUCAUAUUUUUACCCAACUUAAAUUGUGUCCCUACAUUGAGCCCCAUAAAUACAUUUGAUU